AUGGAUUUCAAAGAUGAAGGCAUAUAUGAGUGGAUCACGGCGGAUUACCUUUUUGGAACCAUCAAAGCCUCCACACCGCCUGAUACACCCGCCUAUGCCAUCCUCUACCUCGGCGGCGCGUCUACGCAAAUCGUAUCAAAGCCUAUCUUCGCGUCGUCGGAUAUGCAGCUAGAAGAGGGGGAACAUAAAUACAAUCUGCAAUUCGGUGGCCGGAAUCAUGUGUUGUACCAACACUCGUACUUGGGGUAUGGGCUGAUGUGUGCAUGGAGACACGUUCAUAGAUUGGUUAAUUUCAUGUCAACGCUGCAGGGCACGAAAGCGAAAGCGGUGGUGGAUAAUCUGUGUCUUGCGAAGGGCACAUGGAGGGUCAUGACUUUCAAGGAUGAAGGGACAUUGGGUCUUUUGAGGUGUGUGAUCGGGUGGUGCAAAUCUGCAAACUCAAACCAUGCUCCUCAACGGCGUCGACUAACCCUCCCUCCUCUCCUCCUUCCCAAACGCACCACACGGCAAGUCUGUCAAGGCCACGACGAAUGGCUGUGGAACCACUGGGGCACAGGCUCCGAACUUAUGGCUGAACUUGCUGAUCGCCCGGAAUGGCACCUUGAUUUAACGUUCAUGCAUGCGUUGUUAAGGCUUGGGUAUGAGUUUGAGGAUGGGAGAGAGGCGGCGAUUGGGAAGAAGAUUCAAGGGAUGGAGUUGGGUUGGUGUUUGGGUGCUAUGAUUGCUAUGGUUGGUGGGGAGAUGAAGUGUUGGAUUUAA